AUGAGGCAACAUCAUUAUCCAGGAGCGAUUCCUGCUCAACCGUUUAGUUACGCAAACCAACAACCCAUACUGCCGAGGAAAUCGAUUCAACAUGAUACAGACGCAAUUACACACACUCGAUCUUUUCAAAUGCUUGAAGGAUGGAUUUCCGAUAGUGAAAAAUCAACUCCGUCUAAUGCACAAUCGGUAAACAAAUCAACAGCUGUUCAGCAGAAUGCGAGCAGCCGUCGUUUCAGUGCAGGAGCUCCAUCAUCGCAUCCAUCGCGAUCGUUUCGCUACCUUCAAGAACAAUAUGCGAACGAUACGGAUGCAGUCACAGCGAAAGAAAUGGUUGGUCUUCGACGAAGUAGCGAUGUUCCUAGACCAUAUCAAACAUUGAGACAUGAUACAUCUGAGCAACUUCCAGUCAUCCGAUCUGAAGCAGUUAACAAUCGCGAGGAUCUUGCCGAAAUCUAUAAUAAACCACCACCCAGCUUUCGCGAGCGUGAGCCCGAAGCAAGACGUUUCAGUGGUUCGAGAAAUCCCUCCCGCACUUUUCGUUUUCUUCAAAAGAUGACUCAAGAUGAUCAACAGAAUGAUGCAACACCUGUUCCUGGUUAUAUCAAACCUCAACAGUUAAUCAGUCAAAGUAAUCAAUCACAAUCAAUCACAGACACAUCAUCGAAAUCAAUGGGCACGAACGAAACUGCAGAAAACCUUGCAUCAGUCGUAUAUGUGAACCACACUAGUGUUUACACUUUAUGCCUCACAUCGAAGAAUCCGACGCGGAACUGGGCCGCUCCAGAACAUUCUGCCUAUUUCAUGGAAGCGGGAUUUCAAUCUGGAAUCUCCCGGCCCGGGUCCGUUCGAUCAAGUUCAAUUCCAGAGGCAAGAUCUUCGAAUCUACCAGAAAGAAAAUCGCUACCACAUAAUAUAUUCUUCCAUAACAGAUCACCUACAUACUACUUAUCCACGCACAAAGCAACGCCUGUGAUCCCUGUGAAAUGGUUUCAUCGAUACAAUAUCUGUAUGGCGUGA